AUGGCGCAAAAAUUGUAUCGUGCGUCAAAUUUAAGUGAAGUGAUUAUUGAGUAUGGUGUUUAUGGAAGAGCUUUUAGCUCACGAUUACUUUGGAUGUGGCUAAAUGCUCGAAUAUUUGUUAUAAAAAUGAACAAACAGCAAGUGUUUUUACCCCAAUUAAAUCAUGAUGCAAUCACAAAAGAUGAUCAGUUUAAUAAUAAUGUGGUCAAUUUACGCCAAUUCUCCAAUAGUUGCAUUAGGAAAGAUGAAGCAACCGUUAAUUCAAUAAAGGUGAAAGCAAAUACUGAUCCAAAUGUUUCUACGAAAGAAACAUAUGAAAGCAUAAAAGAAAAAAUAAUUAAAGAUAUAAUGUUGGAUAAUGAUGCUAUAAAAUUAAUGACAAGCGAAAAAAAUCCAGAGUUAAAAAAUGCCGAAGCUUGGAAUCAAUUGAUAAUUGAAUAUGAAAAAACUUUUAAUACUUCCAACUCAAGAAGCAUAUACAGCAAUUUUAAAAAGUCUAUCAUUGUUUCACUUUUCAUCAACAACAAAAUUUCUCAACGUGUAAAAAAAUUUAAUUUCGCACUGGAAACUUAUGAUAAUUUUAUUAGGAGUGGCAAGUUGAAACCAAAUGCUGAUACUUGCUUGCAAAUCUUGAAAACAUGUUCAGCAAAUUGUACAAGGCAACCAAAGAAAGCUUAUGAAAUGGCAACAGAUGUUUGGAACAAGUUUGUUAAAAAUGAUCAGCAGCAGGGCAAGGAAAAUGCUAAUAAUUCAAUGAUGGUUGAUAAUGAAUUGAUUAAUCAUUUAAUUACUGUUUUUAAACUUACUGAUCACACACAAGAAGCUUUUGAUAUUGUUGAUAAGUUUUAUAGAAUUGGUAAAUCUGCCAUAAUAAAUUCUUCAGAAUCAACAAAGGAUGAUUCAUUGAAAUUACCAAUUACAAAUGAUAUAAUGUAUAGUAUUUUUAGUUUAUGUUUUAAAACAAAACAAUUAGAUCUGAACACAGCAAAAGAAAUUCUUGAGAAUGCUGUUGAGAAUCAAAUGAUUUUGAAAUCAACUAGCCUAACAAAAAUAUUGAGACUGGUGUUGGAACAAGCUAGAACUACAGACAAUUAUGAUGAUGUUUGUUGGCUAUUGGAAAAAGUGGAUAAAACAGGAGACAUUGAUUUUAAUAAAGAAAAGAAGGGAAUUAUUUUGAUUAAUGAUAUGAAUGAUAAACAACUUCUACAUGGUCUUUCAUCAGCUUAUGAAAUUGCAUUGCAGGAAGUUAAAGACUUAUCCAAGGAGAAAAGAGCUCAAUGGGUAGAAGAUAAAAAGUUCUUUGAUCAUAAGGCUGACAGGUUGAAUGAAUCCAUAUCAAAAUCUUUUUCACAACAACAAAAUAGUAUGUAUAUAGAUAAUUCGAGGAUAAAAAAAACAUACCAAGGAAGACAGAACACACAAAAUGAUAAGAGCUGGUAUGACGAUCCUGAUGAAAAUAUAUCAAAACAAUUUCCAAAUUUAAAUCAUAGAUAUAACAGAUAUUAUUCUCCAAAAUCAUCAUCAUAUAUGGGAAAUAGUGCACCAAUUUAUUAUAAUCUGGAUGAAGGUUUUAGUCAUCCACCACAAUAUCAAAAAUCAUACUAUAGUGAAGGAUAUUAUUCUGCACCAAUGUAUUAUAAUCCCAAUGAAAGUUUCAGUCAUUCAUCACCAUAUGGUAGCUUUAGGAGACAGUAUAAUAGAAGACCAAGUGGAUAUUAUAGACCACCACAUAUUAAUAGAAACUCUGGAUAUCAUGGACCAACUACUAAUAAUAAUUGA